UAUACAUUGUGACCACUCUUGCCCAACCCUUGUCUCUCUUUGCCCACUUGCUCAUUCUUGCUCUACCUUGGCUUAGUGCGACACCCUCAAAACAAGGGGGGUCACGUCACAACAACAAUCGCAACUUGCACCGCCGGCUGCUCCACAUCGCACGCGUUUCAGACACUACCGACGUAGAUCUCUUCGGCUCCAUCCACAUCACACACACACUACCCACCACACACACACGAUGGCAUCCCCCGACCCAUCAAUAUCCGAUUACAGCUCAUGGACACAGGCGUGGACGACGCGAUGGAGCGCGCUGUGUAGCCCUACCACGCCGGGCAGCGGCGACGAAAAGCAACACACCUGGAUCCACCUACCCCGCGUGCGCACACGGCGGGCAUUCAUCCAGGUCUUGGUCGGGUGCACUUUGCUUGUCGGGGCCGCCUUCUACCUCGUCAGCGAUACGGGCCGGAUAGAGGGGUGGCGUGUGGGCGGCGGCGCCGCGAUGGCGCCCACAGCAGCGACAGAUCCAUCACGCGGGCGCAAGAUCACCGACCUGCCCUCUGACCCGGUGCAGCGGUGGGGCAUCGGCUCCCCGCAGUCCAAGUACCUGGUGCAUGGGCUGCGCGAGUGGCCGGACAACGGGGCGCUGGGCGAGCCGUCGUCCGAGCUGGGCGAGAUCGCCGACGCCGUGUUCACAUACGGCGCGCGCACGCUGGCCGAGUACCGCGCGCAGCUGCGCGAGUUUGUCGACGUGUCGUUCCCCAAGCGCGCGCGCGCCGUUCUCCAGGCCAGCCUCGACCGAUACCUCUGGGAACAGCGCAACGCGUCCCGCGUCAGCUGGGACCACGAGAAGCGCGUCUGGCAGACGGACAAGGACGGCGAGACAAAGGGCAGCGAGGAGGUCAUGACCUGGGCCAGUGGGUGGGCGACACGCGAGGGAUGGGAGUGGAAGCUGUACCGGGAUCAAGACGCGCGGGACUGGGAAGAGAGCCAGCUCAAGGAACACGGCAUCACGAGCCAUGUGCACUACAUGUGGAGCCACCUCCCAACAGGCAUCUUGCGCUCAGACAUGUUCCGCUACCUCGUGCUCCUGCUCCGCGGCGGCAUCUACUCGGACACGGACACGUCGCUGCUCAAACCGCCCAGCAUGUGGGGGCGUGACGCGCGGCUGUGGAACGACGGCGAGGGCUGGCUUGCGCACCACGAGCGCGAGCGUAUCGCCGCUGGCGAGAAGGCUGUUGAUGUGCUCGGCCAGCCGUCGGUCAUUGUCGGCAUCGAGGCGGACGUGGGCGACCGGCACGACUGGCACGACUGGUGGCCUCGGCCUCUCCAGCUCGUACAAUGGACCAUGGCCUCGGCGCCAUACCACCCAAUCUGCCUCGCGGCCGUCAUGCGAAUGGUGCACCAGACGGCCAAGGCGGCCGACUGGGCCGCUGCGCGGUGGGACAAGGUGCUCGCUCUGCGCGAAUCCGGCGCAUGGGAGGCCGCCGACAAGCUCCUCGAGACGCAUGUGCUCAAGAACCCGAAAGACGGCGGGCCGAUCGGUAUCAUGAACUGGUCUGGGCCCGGCGUGUGGACCGACGCAGUGCUCAACUACCUGCGCGUGCGGUACGGCGUGCGCUGGGUCGACUUGCGCGGGCUCACCGAGCCGCUGCGCAUUGGAGACGUCGUCGUGCUGCCUGUUACGGGCUUCUCGCCUGGCGUGGGCAACUUUGGCAGCCAGCUGCCUACUGACCCCCAGGCCAUGGUCGAGCACCAUUUCCGCGGGUCGUGGAAGGAGAACGGUAUGGAAAAGUACCGCUAGAGGA